GUCCAUCAUCUUUAAUUAUAUUGCAUCCAUCCAUCUGAUCGCCCUCAUCAUAAUUGUACAUACAAAUGGCCACUAAUCCUGAAUUUUCCAACCCUCUUCGCAAGUUCAAGCUUGUCUUCCUGGGUGAACAGAGUGUCGGAAAGACUUCAUUAAUUACCAGGUUCAUGUAUGAUACCUUCGACAAUACAUACCAGGCUACAAUCGGCAUUGACUUUCUGUCCAAGACCAUGUAUCUCGAAGACCGCACAGUGCGAUUGCAGCUCUGGGACACUGCAGGCCAGGAGCGUUUCCGAAGUCUAAUCCCAAGUUAUAUUCGCGACUCAUCUGUAGCUGUUGUUGUCUAUGAUAUUACCAAUCGAAACUCGUUCAUGAACACAGCCAAGUGGAUCGAUGAUGUAAGGGCAGAACGAGGCACGGAUGUGAUCAUUGUUCUUGUCGGGAACAAGACCGAUUUGAAUGAGAAGCGCCAGGUCACAGCGGAGGAAGGGGAGAAGAAAGCGAAGGAAUUUAAUAUCAUGUUUAUUGAGACAAGCGCAAAGGCAGGACAUAAUGUAAAGACACUCUUCCGAAAGAUCGCCCAAGCGCUUCCAGGCAUGGAGAAUACCAUUACAGAUGCGAAUCAGAGCCAGCUGAUCGAUGUCAAAAUCCAAGAUAAUCCUGGUGCCACGGAAGGUGCAAAUGGAUGUGCUUGUUAGAUUG